AUGGACGGCGGAUGGGACGAUCAUGGCAAGGACGGCGGCGAGACCACCAAGUACCGCGGCGUGCGGCGGCGGCCGUCCGGCAAGUUCGCGGCGGAGAUCCGCGACUCCAGCCGGCAGAGCGUCCGCGUGUGGCUGGGAACCUUCGACACGGCCGAGGAGGCGGCACGGGCUUACGACCGCGCCGCCUACGCCAUGCGCGGCCACCUCGCCGUGCUCAACUUCCCCAACGAGGCUCGCAACUACGUGCGCCGAGGUGCAGGGUCUUCGUCUUCGUCUUCCCGGCAGGUGAUCGAGCUGGAAUGCCUGGACGACGAGGUGCUGCAGGAGAUGCUCAAGGGCGGCGACGAUCAGCACAGGUCAGCUGGGACCAAGAGGAAUUAACCAUGCAUACUACUUCCUAUACUAAUUAUAUAUGUACUAAUUAAUUAACUAGCUACGUAUUUAUACACCUAGCUAGCUAGCUAUAUAUAUACAUCUGCAUAUGCACUGAUCACUGCUAGCUAGCUGCUGUGUGCAUGUACGUACAUGCAUAUAUCUAUGGCCGGAUAGAUCAAGAUCAGACUGAUCAUAUCAGCUGGUUCCGAUCUAAUCUUCUUCUCUACCUUUUCGAUCGAUAUCUUCUCCUUUCUCAGCGAGAGAGAGAGAU